UAAAACACAGAAGACCGACCUGUUUUCAUUCGUCUGUAACCUACAGUCUAAAGUAGAAACUCGUGAUCCUGAAGGGACGGCCUCUCGUUGGCGGUCCUACUUCCCUCCCAGCCCCACCAGCCCAGCCAAGCUGGUGCCGAGUCCUUUACAUAUGGAGUGGUGGAGCCACCACUGUACCUUCUGGAGGAGACGAGCUGUGGUUCCCUCCUCGGGAGGCGCCCCGCUCCACCGUUUUCUGCAGUAAUGGAAACACACAGUAGUGAGGGGAUUGAAACUCGGAGCAAGCUGCUGAACAAGACAGGCCCCAUAAUUUCACUUACCUGGCUGUCACGUGGUCUUAAGGGGGUCUGGUGCUGAGCCCAUUAUGUAGGCAGUUUCUAUGUGUGUCCUUUGGAAAUGGACAUCGAAAUGAGCUCUUCCCCUCUCUCUCUCCCUUUUCACUUUGACCAGUGUUCAGUGCCCAACCACCGUGAGCUGAAUACUGUCCUCAUGUGCCAGUGUUGUGAGGCGUGGCCCUUUGCCAGCACAACCUCACUGAUGAGGCACUUAUGCCCAGUCUUUAGGCCAAGGCUGGGCUGCAAAGUUGCAGACUAUUAUGUGACCAUCAGGAGCACAAAUAUUAGAAUGCAGUCCGAGUACUGGGAGGGCAGAGUGAGAGUCAAGGACCAGCACAGGACACGGAAGUGCUUGUACACCUUAAGGGAGACUAGCAAGUGUCCCAGUGAAAAGGGAGAUACGGCAGUACAGGGAAUGUAAGAGAGGAAGAUGCCCAUGUCAUGUGAUAGGGAUGAUCGAUCAACAGAUCAUUUUGAGCACUUGGGAUCACAUACUCAUGUUAGGUGCUGUGCUAGAUUCUGUAUAUGGAGAAAUAAGUCAGGUGGUCAUAUUUUUAAAAUAUCAACAUGGGUCAUUGCAAUGUAUGUUACCUAAAAGUUAAAUUAAAACAAUAUAAAAAGGUAUUUAUAGGCAAACAGGAAUGUGCCUAAGAGGUCAGGGAGAUCCAAGGUUUGAUACCAGAUUCAUUACAAUAAUAUAACCACAUUGUGUUUGUAGAUAUAAAUUGUAGUUACCACCCUUUAAGAGCCUAAAUUUCAGCAUGAAAAUGUUAAAAAUGAUACAGGAAUAUGGGUGUCACAGUGUAAACCCCGAUUGGUUUUCAAAUGAAUCGUAGAAGUAGAAAAUGUUAACUGUUCAGAAGGCAAAAUCACUGUUACAUAGAAUCAUCCAGAAAGACUUUCUAGAGAGCCAGGGCUUGACCUGUGGAAGAGAGACGACUGCCAUCUUAUAGGGACUCACCAUAUGUCAAGCAUUGUGUGAGGCUCUUCCAUCUAAACCACAUUUGUUCUUUAUGACCCCUGAGAAGCAGGUUUUUGUCUUACAUCUCCAUUUUAUAGAUGAGGAACCUGACUUAGAGAUGGCUACUUGCCCUGAGUCACACACCUCAGAAGCCGUGGAAUUAGGGCUCAAACAGCUUGGGCAGGCUUCAGAGCCCAUGCUCUUUACCAUAAAUAACACAAACAGAGGCACAGAGGUGAUGUGCCAGACACCCCCAGUGGCUCCACUACGACCUCAUAGUGAUUCAGACCAGGGAUGACACAUGAAACGUUGGCAGCCUUGUGUAGCCAUCAGCCUGACCAAUUACAAAAAGUCACCCCAAAUUCCUAUCCUAAGCGGGUUCAAUGGGGAAUGGUCUCAUAAUGGAUCUGGGGUGAAGGAUGAGUGGCAGUGUAAGGCCGGCAGGUGGAGGGGUGGGCAAUCAGAUGAGAACAGAGUUUCAGAACAAAAGGUUGGAAGGCAGAGAUGCUGUAUGUGCUGAUAGAGGCGGAGAGGGCCCGGACGGAGAAACUGCGGAAAGAGAACAGACUCCUGACCCUGCGGUGUGGGACUGUCCCCAGAGAGGGCGGCUGGGACACUGAGCCGUCCAGCGGAGAUGUGCCUGUGCAGCGCCUCGCCAAGGAGCGGGUCUCUUCCCUCUCCCAGUCCCAGAUUCGAGACUCAGAGUGGCUCACGUGGAAUCCACAGGACAUAUUGUCCUGGGCUAAAAUGUCUACAGACCCCAGGAUUGCUACAGGUCAGCUGUCCCCACUGGAGAAGAAAAUCUUGAACUAUCUUUGAUGCUUUCCAGACAAGGUCACCCCCAUUUUCUCUUCUGAAGGCACCUGGCAUCAUCAUAAAGUUUCACUGAAAUCUGGAUAAAAGGGUUCCCAGAGGAGGAGGACAGGGAGCUCACAUCCCUGGAGACACUGGUCAGGACCUCUAGCAGUUCUCUGUUGUCUGUGGGACAGCAGUCCAGCUUUCCGGCCCUGAGCACUCCGUGGCUUCAGAGGAGAUGCGAGACACUGGAGGCCCAUUGACUGAUUCAUUCCACACGUACUGAAUCUUGUUAGUCCACACUGUGCUGACUGACUGAUGGAAGGGUGGGUAGGGCAGGGUCCUCCUCAUCGUGUGAGCUUGCAAUCUCAUGGUCCAGAUGGAGAUCGAUAGUCCUAGUACAGAAGUAAUAAAGCUAAUAGAAACAUCUAAGUGCCUCAGAAACUGUGAAGAAGGACUGCCUGGCCCUUUGGACUAGAGCUAAAUAGCCCCUUCGUGAAGCUUUACAGCUUUACGGAAUAGGUGGACGCUCGUGCUGAAGGGGAGAAGUUUGAUAAGCAGAUGAGAAAGAGCACGUGGGCCCAGGGAACAGCAGGUGCACAGGACCCACACGUGAGUGGAUCUGGGUGAAGGCUAGCGAGGUGCCUGCAGCCAGGAAGAGCUUCCCUGUCUGGACAGGUGGGGAUUGUGCAGCAGCAGUCCGGCUCAGUUGGGACGUGCAGAAGAACAAGGAUGGGCAAAAGAACGUGGAGAUUACUGACUUAAUACAAUAGCAUUAAGAAUCUGCCAUUCAGUGUUUGUGCUGAUAUCACUGGCAUCCACACUUCAUUAAAAUAGGGUUGGAGGGGCACCUGGGUGGCUCAGUCAUUAGUUAAGCGUCCAACUUCUGCUCAGGUCAUGAUCUCACAGUUUGUGACUUCAAGCCCCGUGUCGGGCUCUGUGUUGACAGCUCGGAGCCUAAAGCCUGAUUCAGAUUCUGUGUCUCUCUGCCUCUCCCCCGCCCCAAAAAUAAAUAAACAUUUAAAAAAACGGGCUUGGAAAUUGAGGGGAAAAGUUGAGUUUUAACAAGAUGAAAAUGGAUCAGGAAAUGUCACAAAGAAUAUAGCUGUUGGCACAAAAAGUCAUGAGAGUACAGUUCUCAUCCAGCCAGAAGUAUUCAAAGGAGAAGUCACCAGAAAACAGGCUGGAGCCAGGAAAAAAAAAAAGUUGAUAGGGAUGUGUACUGGUACAUCUCUGAUGGUAACCAACCCCACGUGGAUCUAAAGUGCAGCUGGUUGAGAAGCCUCCCCGGUCCCUUGCACAUGUGCCCCACUCCACUGUCAUUAUGGGGUGAUCCCUUGCACAAAGGAUGCAGGCGUCCCCUCCCAGCUGAGAGCAUUGCUGUGGAACCUACAUCAGCUGACAUGACAUAAACAAAGAGUAAGCCCUGUUUUCCAAAUGCUCCUGUCACACCACUUGGUUUUUACAAAAGACCUGCGUGAGCACUUGUUCUCCCUAACUGAAAAAAACCUGAAGAGGAUUUUGGCCUUUAUGAAAACAGUCACUACUUGUACUUACAGGACUUUGGUAACAGUGAAGCAGCCUAAUGCAAGCCUUCAGAAAGUGGCAGAAGCAUGCAUUUUGUUGGGAGAACAAGGAAGACCGGUGGAGUCAGGUCUUGGGGAGGUGGCCUUUGAUCACCGUACCCUCAUGAUUUCUGAGUUGACAAGCAAUUGCCAAGAGAGGGCCACUGAAUAGUUUGUGAAUGUUGGUAUUUUCCAAUACUUGGGUAAGUUUAGCCCAAGCAGCAGACUUGGUGGCUGUGUGCAAACGGUGUAGUUGCAAACUGUUAGGGUUCUCCACGUGAUUACGUUUUUACAGUGAUAAUUUCUCUCCAAAACCAAAGACGCCCGACAAAUGCAUCAGAUGGAUUGAUAAGUUGUAUCUCAAGAAGAUAAGAAAACCAGGAAACUUGUUACUGGAGGAGUACCCCCAGCUGAUACUGUUUUCCCCCCAAGUUUUCCCCAUGCAGAUGUGGCAGAAAUUCCAAGGAGGUUCCUAGAGGUGGGCACCAGCCAGUGGCUCGGAGCAGGAACCGAGGGCCGGUGUCUUCGGAGCCUCAGCCUGGUGUCCCUGGAUGCUGGUGGCUGAGCCCUGGUGACCGGCCUCUGAAGCCUGAACCAAAGGUGUGCUGCGUUGUGAAAGAGGGGACUUCACACCGGACGACAGCCCCUCGGGGCAGAGACCUUGGCCUUGGAGAAGCCAUGCCGAAGCCGGAGGCGUCUGCAGAGCCCCUCCAUCUGCUGCGUUUCCCGGAGACCAAAAGCCCCGGGAAGGAGUGCGGCCAGCCUGGGGGGCCGGGCCAGGAGGGGAGAGAGCCGGAAACAGACACCAUGGAGAAGCCCAUCCAGUGUGUGCAGAAACUGCUCCCUCGGGUGGAGGAAGACGCCCAGCAGGAAGCCGCACGGAGAGAGUACAGGUGGAGGGCGUGGGUGCAGAAGCCAGUCACCUUUGAGGACGUGGCAGUGAACUUCACCCAGGAGGAGUGGAUGUAUCUAGAUGCCAGUCAGAGGGCCCUGUACCAGGACGUUAUGUCAGAGACCGUCAGAAACCUGAUGUCUGUAGAUCUGGUCACGAAGCUUGAAGAAGAACAGUGGAGGACUGAGCUCCAGCUCCAGCCCCCAAAUGGAGAAGGCCUCCCUUCAGGAAGCAGGAAGCAGGAGCUUCCAGAAGGGAGUCCAAGCAGCAGGGGCAGAGAUGAGGAGGUCCCCCUUGCUUGCAAAGGCUCAGGACGACCCUGUGCCCCCGUGGGUUCCAGGCCCAGGGCCCCUGGGUGUUCAGCCCCCCAGGUCGGGCCACCGUUCCCCUGCCACGUGUGUGGCAGGACUUUCAGGAAGCGCUCCAACCUGCACAGCCACCAGUUUGUGCACAAUCCCCACAAGACUAACAGCUGCAGCCAGUGUGGGAGGUCGUUCCGGAACCCCAGGGACCUCAGCUACCACAGGCGCAUGCACCUGGGGGAGAGGCCCUUCUGCUGCCCGCUCUGUGACAAGACCUACUGCGACGCCUCGGGGCUGAGCCGACACCGCCGUGUGCACCUGGGCUACCGGCCCCACUCCUGUGCCCUCUGUGGAAAGGGCUUCCGGGACCAGUCUGAGCUCAAACGCCACCAGAAGACCCACCAAAACCAGAAGCCGGUGGCCAGGGACUGGAAGCAUGUUGUGAGCCCUCCAGGUUCCAGCACUCUGUCUUGGGAGCCCCUGGACAGGAGCCAGGCGAGCAGCCGGGAGCCCGCGGCCGGGACCCGAAAACCUGUAUUUGCAACCAAGGGUCCUGUAGCUCAGACCCAGCCACCUACAGACAGGAAGCAGGCGAUCGCUGUGAAGCCUCAGGCACCGGCCACGGCAACCCCGGGGCCUGAGACCGGGACCCAAGAGCCUGACACCAGAGCCCCAGCGAAGCCUUCAGGACUCCAGGUCUCCUCUGGCCCUCACUGCGCUCCGAUGCUGAGCGGGAGAGCCUCUCCGUCCAGCCACCACAAGGCCCACGUCUCCGAGCCACGCUGCUGCUUCCGCUGUGGCAAGGCCUUCGGGUCCCUGUCGGGGCUGGCCAGACACCAGCACACGCACUGGAGGCAGCAGGUGUACCGCUGCCCCAUCUGUGACGUCUGCUUCGGGGACAAGGAGGGCCUCGUGGGCCACUGGGGGGCUUCCAAAGGCAAGGACCCGUGUCUGGGCAGCCCCCACGCAUGCCGGGCGAUCCUGGCCCAGUGGCUUGGCUUCUUCCGAGACACCUCCCCUUUGGCAGGAAAGGAGCCGGUUGUGCCCCUGGAUCUGGGCCCUGGGCCCCCAGGAGAGGGCAGGGGGGAGGGGAGAGGGGGUGCAGAGCCGAGAAAGCAAGUGAGGCCGUGAGGGUCUCGGGACAUGAAGAAGAAGCCGUUCUGUGCGCCUGCGUUUCCUAGUCCUGACCUCCGGGCACAGGAAGGGGUGAGGGGUCAUGAGGGAAAUGCAGAAAGGAACAGGGGUGAGCAGUGGUUCACGGAAACCUGUAUUAUCAUUACUUAGCACCUGCUUGUUUCUUUGUGUCUGACAGACCAUCAAGUAGUAAUUGUUGCAGAAAACAGUGGAGGCUCUGAUGGACGGGGGGGAAGGGGGCUGCGGGCCACGUCCGGGCUCCCCAGGGUCUCCAGCAGCUCGCUCACUCAGCUCUCAUGGUUUGGGCCCUUCCUGCCCCUUCCCGCAGCCCUCCACCUCUCUGCCCUGCCCCUCAGGACUGGCAUCUUGGAAGAAACAACCACCAUUUUCGAGGUUAGAGCACUGGAAUGUGCAACAGGGGGGUCCUGGUCACAGUCCCGAGGCUGAGAGCCUGCUGCCUGUGUCGCUGUCCAGCUCAGGUGACCUCAUCGGGGAGAGGAGCGCCCGCCUGGCUGUGGCCAGAGGGGGCUUCCAGACGGAAGACAGGACAGGAGAGACGAGGGGACAGAAA